UAACUUCCGCCAUCUUGAUUAAGGCGGUCCACAGACAGUAGGCACCUACCACGUUUUGUUUAAUGCUCGCCUAUGUAUGCUGAGCUAGUAGUAGAGUGUGCAGUACAUUUUACAGAUCUACUGGUGUUUUACAUUCCAUCUACUGGACGUUUUAAAGUCAUGGCUGAACCGAUACGUUCGUUGUGCGAUGAGCUUAUAAAGGCUGUGAAUGUGAUGAUGGAGGCAGAAUCAAGCCAAACAUACCGCCUGGAGGCCCUAAAGUUUAUUGAAGAUUUCAAAGAGAAAAGUCCCCUCUGUGUUGAAUGUGGUCUUCAGUUAGCGGAGAAAUCACAGACUGCAGUGGUCAGACACUUUGGGCUGCAGAUACUGGAGCAUGUAGUCAAGUUUAAGUGGAAUGACAUGCCACCACAAGAAAAAGCUCCAGCUGAAAAAACUGCACUAUGGGGCCUGUUGUCAGAUUUUGAGGAUGAUCAAGAGAGAGUGGCCGCAGCACUGGCCUGA